AUGCGGUUUUCGUCGCUCUUCACUACGACUGCUUCUGCCUCUGCGCCUGCGUCACUGCUGCUGCUGCUGCUGGGCGCGGCGGCGGGGCAGCAACAGAAGGCUACGUUUGAGCAGGCGUGCGGGCAGCUGCCUGGGGCGCUGGGGGCUGUGGUUCCGAAUGCGACGGUGUGGUUCUCUUCGUUUGUGGCUGGGGGCACGAAUCUCAGUCUUGCGGACAACAAUGCCACCUGCACGCAGCCCUCGCAAGCCGUGACGGCAGACAUGUGCCGCGUCGCGCUGCGCGUGCCGACCAGCAACCGCUCCGAAAUCAGCAUGGAAGCCUGGCUGCCCGCGAACUGGACCGGCCGCUUCUUGAGCACCGGCAACGGCGGCGUCGGCGGCUGCGUGGCGUACGACGACCUCGCCUACGCCGCGGGGUUGGGCUUUGCGGCCGUGGGCGCCAACAACGGCCACAACGGCACCUCGGGUGGCGCCUUCUACAACAACGCCGACGUCGUCGAGGACUUUGCCUGGCGCAGCGUCCACACCGGCGUCGUGCUGGGCAAGCGCAUCGCCAAUGCGUUUUAUGGCCGCAAACAUGACAAGAGCUAUUAUCUGGGCUGCUCGACGGGCGGGCGCCAGGGCUUCAAGAGCGCCCAGAGCUUUCCGGAUGACUUUGAUGGCGUGGUUGCGGGCGCGCCGGCCAUUGCGUUCAAUAACCUCAGCAGCUGGAGCGGCCACUUUUACACUCUGACGGGCUCGCAGGACAGCGAGUCUUUCGUGCCCCUGGACAUGUGGACGACGAUCCACGAGUCGAUUCUCGCGCAGUGCGACGACCUCGACGGUGCCAAAGACGGCAUCAUCGAGGACCCGCUGCGCUGCGAGUACGACGCGACGGCACUGGCAUGCGGCGGGGCAGGGGUGAACGCGUCGGCGUGCCUAACCCCCGCCCAAGUCACAACGGUGCAAGGCGUCUUCAGCAACCUGACCAGCCCGGACGGCUCGCUCGUGUACCCGCGCAUGCAGCCCGGCAGCGAGGCCACGGACGCCAGUGCCCUGUACGCCGGCCAGUCCUUCCCCUACACCAAUGACUGGUUCCGCUACGCCAUCUACAACGACCCGGCGUGGGAUCCCGCGCAGCUGAACGCGUCCGACUACGCCGCCGCGGCCGCCAAGAACCCCGGCGACAUCGAGACCUGGAAUGGGGACCUGGAGCCGUUCCGCGCCCGCGGCGCCAAGAUCCUGCAUUAUCAUGGACAGAUGGACGGGAUUAUCUCGUCUGAGAAUAGCCCGCGCUACUGGCGCCAUGUCGCCGACACGAUGGGCCUGCAGGCCGACCAGCUCGACGCCUUCUACCGCUUCUUCCGCAUCUCGGGCAUGAACCACUGCGAGGGCGGGGAUGGCGCGUGGGCGGUAGGCCAGAGGGUUUCGGCGCAGGCUUCGCUGGACCCCGAGAAGAACGUGCUUAUGGCUAUAGUGCGCUGGGUUGAGGAGGGCGUGCCGCCCGAGACGGUGACGGGGACGAAGUGGGUGGACGAUGACCCUGAGAAGGGCGUCGAAUUUACGCGCGCUCAUUGCAGGUUUCCGAAGAGGAACCAGUAUUCUGGAAAGGGCGAUGUGAAGGAUCCAGCGAGUUGGGAGUGCGUGGCAUGA